GGUGAGGAAAUAACGAACCCAGCAGGACCAAAUUUCUCCGUUCUACUUCCUCCGAGGUAGAAAGGUGUCCCCGGGGUGAGCCCAAGUGUUAGCUGACUAGCUUGUGGCUCAGCUACCGUGAGCGGGGCGGGGCCUCUCUCGAGGACGAUCCUGGGGCUCGGUGGUUUCCCAGGUGACCGCCUCUUGGGAGGGAAGGGGCUAAGGCCCGGUUCCCACAGCUUGGUUUUCCCCAGAGGUGGUCAGGAUCCGGGACCCAGGGGGGUCGGCCCGAAAUUAGGCCACUAAGAGACCGCACAAUUCCAGUGUAGGGACUUAGGCAGGACAAGGCGGGGCCUCGAAGUCAAUGGGCGGGGCUCGGUGGGCGGGGCUCCGGUCCGGAGCAACCAUCGGUCUCCCAGGAAAUCUAGCACUCUGACCUGCGGUGAGUCCGUCUCAUAGGUCUGAAAAGGGGGCCGCGACGCAGGCAGGCCAUGCCCUGGGACUCCCCAGCACUGUGGGAGCUGGUGGAGGAGCAUGUUCCACUCCCGGAGCGGCCUGAAGUGAAGAGGAUUCUGGGGGAGGCAGCGGUGGAUCUGAGCCUGGAGUUGCGAGAGGAGUGGCAAGGUGCCCCAGCUCUCCUUGCAGGUGGCGAUGUUAAAGGCCCUGCUCCAAGAGUUCCGAUCUUCUCAAGCCUCGGGAUCCCGCCUGGUCUCUGAGCCUCCCUCCCUCCUGGCACCACCACCCCUCCUGAGGGAUAUCAUGCGCCAAGAACUCCGACAGUUGCUCCAGUGCCUCCGCUUUAAGGCUCUCUGUGAGGGCAGGGACCAGACCCAGGCGUGGGCACAGUAUAGUCCCAAGGUCCUUCGCUUUGCCUUAGAGGAGCCCAGGUGUGAUUCAACACAACAGGACCUAUCCCAGAUGAGAGCUGGUGAGCCCAGGACUAGAGCGAGCAACAUGGAGGGGGUGAUGUUAACUUCACAUGUCAGCAGCUGUCACAGGGACCUCAGUGUCAUCAAGGACCAACUGAAUGUGUCUGACAUUGACCAGAUUGCCAGACACCUGAGGGUCUGGCUGUUCAUGCUCCUGUCUAGGAGCCUCCUGGAGGAGGAGUGUCACAUGUUGCAGAGAGAGGUCUCUGACCUGCAGGCAGGGUCCCUGAACCAGAUCUCUCCACAGCACUCUCUGGAAAUGGAGCAGAUGCAGUCUUGCCAGCCCUCCAAGGCCACCCUAGAGCCCACCCUGGCAGCUCUGCCCUUCCUCAGAGAUAAAGGAACAGAAGGCGGCCAUGGAACAGGAGCUACAACUCUCCCUGGGACCUUCCUGUGUCUCUGGCAAGCACAGGCAGAAGCCCUUGAGGUCCAUUCCCGGCCUCAGGCCCUUUCCUUGUCUCCACGGCUACAUGCCGACACCUCCUUCGGAGCGCUGCCCCCACCCGCAAGGUCAGGCAGCCUCUCAGCGCUGGAGACGGCAGCUUCGAUACAGCUAUUGGGAAGAGCCAGCUUCCACACCAGUGUCCAGCGCGGCGUCCCAGGCUCCCACCUGAAGGGCCGGUCACAGAACGGGCCUCUGCCUCGGCUGUACCCUGCCCAUCUGUUGUUGUUACCUCCAGCGGCCAUAAGCUCCUACCGGUUUCUGCUUCAUUCUCAGAUGAGCUCACAGUCCCCACAAGGCUGUGUGUUCGUCUGGUCCCAGCCCCACCCCUUGCCAGGUCACUUGUAUCUAGGACUGAGUGGCAGGACACCUGUUCUACCCAUCAAAGCCUUUGGCCCCUCUCCUCCACUCAGGCCUCCACAGGGGCUUGGCAAACAAGAGGUCCCAUUCCCAACCUGACUUUUGUCCCCAAGGGACCCAGACAAAGCACAGCAGCAGCUCAGAGACAGGAAUAGAAAUUUCAUUAAAAUCUAUGGACUUUAAAA